GGGCGUGUCUAGGGGGUGGCCAGGGGUGGCACGUGCUACCCCUGGAAUCUGAUUGGCCACCCCAGGUGCCACCCCAUAUGCUAAACUAUGAUUGGCUAUCUGCCCACGGAGGCGGGAACGUUUGAAUUGUGUGACUACCGAACUUUCAUUUUCAACCGACAAGAAGACAUCAAGAAGACAUCAAGAGAUUGCGGCUACUCGCUCCUGAAAGAUGUCUGUCAUCAUCGCGACUGUCGACAGUGUCGACUGACUCAGCUUGCUGCCUAGCAAACCUGUCCAGGGAUUCUUAGCUCCUGAAAGAUGUGAGUAGACUUAUUGAUACACAUGUGUGAAUGGUUUAAAAGCUAAAACGUUUUCCCAUCUUAUUUUAUUAUUUCCUGACUCAGCUUACUAGCAAACCUGUCGUCAUCAUUGUUUGGUUAUUGUCAACGAUGCUAACGCUAAUGCUAACGCUGAUGCUAACGCUAGCUAACUUAAUGUUACAGUAUGUAAAUCUGUCUUGUAUCUCUUCUAACUUUGUAACAUUAGACCUGAGUAAGUUUUGCAUGUCACAUUCAUUCAUGCAUUCAUAAUUAGGCUAAAUGUAUUGUGCAAGAUAUAGUGACAUGCAUCAUGACAUGCGACUAUUACAGUAUGAAAAGAAAUCAGAACAUUCAGGGAUUCUUCAAAAGAAAGAAAUCCAAAACAACAGAGCAGGACAGAGCAGCAGAAGCCAGCAGUGCUAGUCAGUCUGAGGAUGAGAGCCAGCUUGACUCUGCUAGGGAUGUACAGCAGGAGCCUCCAGCUUCAGCUGUACACAUGGACUCAGACAAGGAUACUGGUGAUGAAGGCCCUUCAUCUUCACUUGCACAUCAGGGUGUGUCAAGUCAGCCACUCUCUGACAAUGACACUGACACUGAGAACCAUCCAGCAGUACCUGCAGGCCAUGCAGUGACACGUGGGGAUGGUGAUGCAGCAGCCCUUGUGGCCCCACCUGGACCUCAUGAUAUUUCACAGUCAAGAGCAGCAGGUCCCUCUCAGCCUCGUUUAAAGGUUUUUCCAAGAACCCUCCAAGGUGAGAAGAGGAGGGCGUUCAAUCCAGUGUGGUUUAACCACAAUUCCUGGCUUGAAUACUCACAAAGCAAAGAUUCAGCCUACUGUUACGCAUGCAGACACUUCUCCCUGCCUGGCGCGUCAGAAUCUGUUUUCUCCUCAGAAUCAGGCUUUUCACACUGGGAAAAAGCAACGUACAAAGAUGCUGGCUUUAAGUUGCAUGAGAAAUCUGAGUCUCACAUUAAUGCCAUGUUUGCUUGGAAUGAGCACAAGAGGCUAUUGCUUACAGGUUCUUCUAUCUUAGAUAUGAUUAACAAAGAGUACAAAAAGAAAGUUGAAGAGAAUCGCAGUUACAUUAAAACAGUUGCAGAUGUACUGCUUUUGACAGCAACACAGAAUAUAGCACAAAGAGGUCACCGUGAAUCGGAAGAAUAUGACAACAAAGGGAAUUUCUUAGGAAUUCUAGAAAUGAUCGCUAAACACAAUCCUAUGGUAGCCCAAAAAAUGAAGGGACAACGCAAUGCAAAAUACACAAGCAAUACCAUACAGAAUGAAAUUCUGCAGUGCUUAGCAAGUAUGGUGCGUGAUGAGAUUGUGAAGGAAGUGAAGGAGAGUGUGGUAUUCUCUGUCAUUGCUGAUGAAACCAAAGAUCUGAAAAGAAGGAGCAGCUGUCAUUAG